AUGGUUCUGGCAAAGUCAAAGAACAAGGUGGGGUUGGGAAACUCCCUGAUGAAUGAUCGCUUUGGCAAGGGCAAAGGCGGCGAUCGCAAGAAGGCAUCGGCAGUCACCCGUACAAACCACCAGACGGGCGAGGAGUACCUGAUCAAUGAGAAAGAAGAUGCUUCGUGGGUCAAGAUGCGCUCAGUCACCGAGCAAGGCGCUCUGGACGAGUUCCUCGCCACGGCGGAGUUGGCUGGUACCGACUUCACAGCAGAGAAGAUGGACAAUGUCAAGAUCAUCCACACCGACCAGAAGAACCCGUACUUGUUGUCGGCCCAUGAGGAAAGGGUCGUUCUGGGAAAGCACAAGCAACACAAGGCCAGACUGACGGUACCAAGGAGGCCGAAAUGGGAUUCCAACACCACACCAGAGCAGUUGGAUCGCAAAGAAAGAGACAGCUUCUUGAGCUGGAGGCGGGGGCUUGCAGAGUUGCAGGAGAACAACGAUCUGUUGAUGACGCCGUUCGAAAGGAACAUUGAGGUCUGGAGACAGCUAUGGCGAGUCAUCGAGCGCUCCGACCUGGUGGUGCAGAUCGUCGACGCCAGGAACCCCCUCCUGUUUCGCUCUGCAGACUUGGAGAACUACGUCAAGGACGUCGACCCGAAGAAGGAGAACUUGCUCCUUAUCAACAAGGCCGACAUGUUGACCCAAAAGCAACGCAAGGCUUGGGCUUCUCACUUGAAGGAGGCAAAGAUUGCCUUCAAAUUCUUCUCCGCUCGUCUAGCGACCGAGGCGAACGAGGAGGGCGACAGCGACGAUGAGCCAGAGGCGUCGUCCUCCAAGCGGCCAGCGCAGCAAGCUGUGUCCGAGGGCGUGAGUCUUGGGGAUGACAAUGACGACGGCAUCGUACCAGCGGUGCCCCUCGACGAGGAGGAUAUAAAGAUCCUCACCAUUGAAGAGUUGGAGGGCAUCUUCCUGCGCCACUCGCCUACUAAUACCGAGGGCGACCACAAACUUCAAGUCGGUCUCAUCGGGUAUCCCAACGUGGGUAAAUCAUCCACCAUCAACGCCCUCAUCGGCGCCAAGAAGGUGUCCGUCUCUGCCACACCCGGUAAGACGAAGCACUUUCAGACCAUCCACCUCAGCGAGCGCGUCAUCCUGUGCGAUUGCCCUGGUCUUGUCUUUCCCAACUUUGCCACGACCAAGGCCGACCUGGUCUGCAACGGCAUUUUGCCCAUCGAUCAGAUGCGAGAGUUCGCCGGGCCUUGCGGUUUGGUCACCCAGCGUAUUCCCAAGAGCUUCUUGGAGGCUGUGUACGGUAUCCGCAUCAAGACACGCGCCCUUGAGGAGGGCGGUAGCGGUACGCCCACUGCCAGCGAGUUGCUGCGUGCCUAUGCCUCAGCACGUGGCUAUCAAACGCAAGGUCUCGGACAGCCUGACGAGUCUCGCGCCGCACGCUAUGUUCUAAAAGACUAUGUGAAUGGCAAGCUGCUGUACGUUGAACCACCGCCUGGUAUCGAGGAUGCCAAGUGGUUCAACCGCGAGUUGUACGACGAACUCCACCUUCCCGAGAAGCGACGGGCGGCUCUGGUCUCCGCCACAGAUGACAUGUCACUGAACGAGGCCAAGGACGGUGGCGCGGACACCGAGUCCAUGAUCUCGGAGUUUGUGGCCCUCCCAGCCGGUCCCAAGUCCAAGCAGCUCGACAAGGGCUUCUUUGGCGCAUCAAGCUCAGGGGGCAAGAUGACCAUGCCGUUCAACCACAAGUACACGGAGCAAGGGCGCGAGAAGCCGAUAUCAGGACGCAAAGCGCGGACGCUCGUCGCGCUGGAGAAUGGGAUAGACCCCAAGGAUGUGCAGGUUGUGUCGGGGAAGAAGCACUACAAGGGCGGCGCGAAGUCGAAGAAGGGGAAGAAGAAGGCGCAGGAUUCGGAUGAGGAUUAG